CUUAAUCACAUAUCUGCUCAGCCUAAGCCAAACCCAUCCAAGAUUAAACUAUUCAGAGAUCAAUCAUGUUCUCUCCAUUACUCUUCAGAUUCUCAAAACCCAAUUCUUGUCUGGUCUUUCUCUUGUUCUUGUCCUAUUUUCACCAUCUUCCUUGUGCUCUAAGUCAACGAGAACCUUCAUGUGAUACUCUGUUUCGUUGCGGGAAUCUCACAGCCGGUUUCCCUUUCUGGGGAGUGGCUCGGCCUCAACCUUGUGGUCAUCCAUCUUUAGGGCUUCAAUGCCAAAAACAAUCGAAUUCGACUUCUUUAAUCAUCUCAGGUCUUAUGUACCGUGUUCUCGAAGUAAACAUCACAACUAGUACUCUUAAAUUAGUAAGGCAAGACUUUUCAGGUCCAUUCUGCUCGGCUUCAUUCAGCGGUGCAACGUUGCCUCCUGAUCUCUUUGAGCUUUUUCCGGACUACAAGACCCUCCCCGCUUACUACCUCUGUGACCCUCGUAUUCACUAUCCUGCGAAUUUCACAUGUUCAAAUAAGGGUGUUGGCUCGAUGAAUCACGAUGAUUUGUAUCACAAUCACUGUGGUGGGAAUUUCAACAUCACUGUUCCCAUAGGUUAUGCUCCAGAGGAGGAAGGUUUGAAUGUAACCAAUUUGGAAAGUGUUCUUAAAAAAGGAUUCGAGGUGAAACUGAAUAUUGAUGAGAGACCGUGUCAAGAAUAUCAUUACAGUGGAAAGGUCUCUUCUCUGGAUUCACCAUUGCUCUCAGCCUGGCAAUCAAGCUUUCAGCCACCACAGUCUACAAUUGUCUUAGAACCUGCAGUUUCAAAUAAUUUAGAGCAGGAUGAGGGUCCAAGUGUUGUUAGAGGAAGAGGUACUGGGUGUACGGCGGACUUAGACUCCGUUCCUAUAGGCAACAGCCUCUCACCUCCUUCAACACCUCAAACCGCUCAAGCUCAUGAUUCUCCAAGUCCUUCUGCAGCCUCUGACACACUUUCACAACAGUCUACAGAGGAUUCAGUGUCUCAAGAAGAUGAAAUUCUACAAUCUCCUCAACCAGAAGCUCCUCAUAAUCUUAUGGAUCUCUUGUCUCUUUGUUCGUCUCCAGGCAUCGGACAUGCUUGUGGAUUUAUGGGUGCCACUCUUAUCACAGGAUGUUUGCUCUGUUUCAUGAUCCGAAAGAGAAGAACUUCCUAUCAUCCAAGACACCAAAACCUUAAGGGGCUAGUAGAAAUGAAACAGUACAGUUAUGCAGAAGUGAGGAAAAUUACAAAAUCAUUUUCACACACGGUUGGGAAAGGAGGAUUCGGAACUGUCUAUGGAGGGUACCUCUUCGAUGGUCGUAAGGUAGCGGUGAAAAUCUUGAAGGACGACUUUAAGAGCAAUGGUGAAGACUUCAUCAACGAAAUCAAAAGCAUGAGCCAAACAUCUCAUAUUAACAUUGUUUCUUUACUUGGUUUUUGCUAUGAAGGGUCCAGAAGAGCAAUUAUGUAUGAGUUUCUAGAGAAUGGGUCACUGGAUCAGUUCAUAUCUAAAAAGAGUUCAUUAAAUCUAGAUGUGAAUACACUAUACAGAAUCGCGCUAGGUGUUGCCCGGGGACUUGAUUACUUGCACCAUGGCUGCAGAACAAGGAUUGUGCAUUUUGACAUCAAACCUCAAAAUGUGCUGUUAGAUGAAAAUCUAUGCCCUAAAGUCUCGGACUUUGGCCUCGCUAAGCUCUGCGAAAAAAGAGAAAGCAUAUUGUCCUUGAUAGGCGCAAGAGGAACAAUAGGUUACAUUGCCCCUGAGGUCUUUUCUGGAAUGUAUGGAAGUGUCUCUCACAAGUCCGAUGUUUACAGCUAUGGAAUGUUAGUCCUUGAGAUGAUUGGAGUAAAGAACAAAGAAACAGAGGAAACUGCUGCUUCUAACUCUAGUUCAGCUUAUUUUCAAGAUUGGAUCUAUAAGAAUCUUGAAAAUGAAGAGCAUACAUGGAAAUUUGGUGCUGAAAUAACUAGAGAGGAGAAAGAGAUUGCAAAGAAGAUGACAUUGGUGGGUCUCUGGUGUAUACAACCAUGUCCAUUAAAUCGUCCACCGAUGAACAGAGUUGUUGAGAUGAUGGAAGGAAGUUUGGAUGCUCUUGAAGUCCCUCCUAAGCCUUCUUUACAAUAUUAUCCAGAGCCUCUUCGGGAAUCUUCUUCGCUCUCAGAAGAGAAUUCAAACUACUAUGAGGUUUUCGUAGGAUCCGCAAGUUGAAGUUUUAUUUGAGACUCCAUCAUAUACUUGGUGUAACCUUGCAGGAUAAUUUUUUUUUUGAAUAAAUGUAAAAUUUAUUC